AGAGGCAAAGGAUGGCAGUUUCUUCUUUUUUUUUCAGGGUUUGAGGAGGCUGUCCCUAAAUUGUUGAGCACAUAAGAGGCUCCCUGUGUGCGACCCUCUCAGCAUUCAAGACCAGAGUGUGAGGGGAUCCAACUAUUCUGCCUUUCAGCUCAGCAGAGCUCAUCUCGCUACCUCGACCCUACUGUCCAAUUCGCCGCCCGCCCCCCUCGCUGUCUGCCAGCCUGACUUGUUUCCAGGGGAACUUAACGGGAUCAGAAGAGGUUGCCGAGCGUUGAUCAAGUGGCGGAGCGGUCAGAGGCAGCCAGAGUCAUCAUGGCUGUGUCCCAGGAGCGGAGUGUGCGUCUGGGGCUCUGGGUGCUCCUUUUGCUUGGUGCAGGCAUGGAGGAAGUGGUGGACGGAUGUAGCUGCUACCCAGCACACCCACAGCAGCUCUUCUGCAGCGCUGAGAUUGUGAUAAGGGCGAAGAUCUCUGGUGAGAAGAUUGUGUCGCCUAGCAACAGCUCCUCACCUUACAUGAAGAUGAUCCAGUACGAAAUCAAAAUGAUCAAGAUGUUCAAAGGCUUUGACAAAGCCAAGGAUAUCCAGUAUGUGUACACUCCAGUCUUCUCCUCACUGUGUGGAGUCAAAUUGGACUCCAACAAUAAAGCAGGGUAUCUGCUCUCAGGAAGUAUGUGGAGUGAUGGAAGGAUUUCUAUUGGCCAGUGUGACCUGGUGGAGUCUUGGGACAACUUGUCGCUAUCGCAAAAGAAGAAUCUCAACUAUAGAUACCAGAUGGGCUGUGAAUGCAGAAUCAACACCUGCUACACAGUGCCGUGUGCGUCUACAGGAGAUAACGAGUGCUUGUGGACUGACUGGCUGCUGGAUAACAGCCUAAACGGGGAGCAGGCUCGACAGUAUGCUUGCAUCCGCCGCUCCGACACAACCUGUAGCUGGUACCGGGGCGGACCUCCACCUGAGAAAGACUUCUUGGACAUGACUGACCCCUGACUUGUCAUUCUGACAUUCAUUUUACUCCUGAAAUGCCUCAAAACUAAAUAAAAACUGCUUUGACUCACGUAGUUUGGAUUUGGCUUGCAAAGUAGUAACUGAUUUCUUUAAAAAUUGGGCCAAUUUUACAUUCGUGAGAGCAUCACUUGACACUGAGCAGGGUUCAGGUGAUUCCUACAGCGAAGCUAUGAACAUUUAUACAAACUACAGGGGCUUUCAGCGUUCCUCUGACUCAUUUUCUAGCUCUCAUGCGUUCCACUUCAAUCGCUGUGUUCCACAGAAUAAGAAUAGCAGCAGAUCAUCCACUGCGAAUCAUACACCCCACAGCAAAUCUCAUGCCUGAUGGGAAAUGCACAACCCUGACAAAUCUUUGAAGGUCUAGAAUUUGUAUAAGGUAUAAUAGGAUAUAUAGCAAAAGUUGUGCAUUUGCUGAAAGAAGUGUAAGAAAGAUGUACAGUUACUGUACAACAAUACGACGAAAAUAAUGACAGGAAGCUGCCAACUUCUGCCACAAUCUUGCAUUGCAAAGUCCGCUUUAUAUAGUGCAGAUCAGUCCUCGAUACACUGCAGCAGCACUGCCACCUUUUCCUCACACAUCCCAAUGUUGAAUUCUUACCUUUAUAUAUAAAAUCACAUACAGUAACUGUGCCAAGAAAAUGAAAAUACAUAGUAUAUACAGAUCUGUGUGAAGGUUUUAGGCACAAAACUGAAGUGAGGAUGCAAACAUAAUUCCAUGAAUGUUUUAUACUUAUUGAUCAAAUUCACACAAAGUAUCAUAAACAGAAAAAUUCUGAAUCAAAUCAGUAUUUGGUGUGACCAACUUUUGCCUUUAAAUCAGCUUCAGACCACCUGGUUGCACACAGUUUUUUUUAAUUUACUUGGCAGAUAUGCUGUUCCAAGCACCUUGGGGAACCUGCUACAGUUCUUCUGUGCAUUUAGGCAGAUCUCACUUGUAUUUGCUUCUUUAUGUAAUCUCAAAACGGCUCCAUGAUGUUGAAAUCAGAGUUCUGUGGAGGCUAUACCUUCUAUUCCAGGACUCCUUUGAGCUAGCUCUUUGCGACUCUGAUGACGUUUGGAGUCAUGCUGUACAAAAAAUUAGGGGCUAAAAAGGAUUGUAUGUGUGAAUCUAAACAUCUAAAGUGCCUAAAACUCUCACACCGUACUGUAUAAGCACAAAAAACAACACCAGACAUUCUGUAAUUAAUUAUAUUUUGACUAAAUCUAAAUCUGAAAUUAUAUAUGACCAUAAUCAUUGUGCAUCAAAAUCAUCACAGUUUUAUCUCUGAGACUGUAAAUAUUGUAUUUCAGUGAGAAUUAACACUUUAAAGGCUAACCAGAGCUUCUCUCAUAGCAUAUAGAUUCUUAUCUUGAGGUUUUUCUGUGUUUAGUGUCCUUGGUUGAACUCUGUACUAUUUCCUGUGCCAAAAAUCUAAUCCAGCGCUUUAACAACAGCACUGCCACCUGUAGAAGCCAAGCCACCUCUCCUUAGAGGAAAUUAUGUAACAGGACAUGAUUCAAUUCACUUUUUUUAAAAACUCUUUUAAAGAGGAAGUGUAAGAUAGCACACACUUUUGGCCCAAGACAACAAAAAGAGUCAUAACUGAUAGUCAGGAAGGAGCUAUAAUUAAUGAUUAAAAUGCUGUUUAAUAUAACAACUGAGCCUUUAUUAAAAGACCCAAAUCAGAAUUGACCCCUGUCUUGUUACUGGAUUACUUCACUGAAGUCAUACAGAUUACAAUGCUUUAUUACCUGUUAUUGGCAUGCAUUAAUCAAUAUGGCAAAAUCAUGUUAGAGGCACACUCAAUAUACACAUUUAACCCCCACAAUACAGUCAUUUGCAUGAGCACUGGAUUCGUACUGUUCAUUUUAAACAAUGUUAAUAGCUUCAUGUAAUUUCAUGACUGAUAUGAUAAUAAUGCAUAAUAACUGUAUGGCUUCAGUGAAGAGUUAAACAAUUUCAUGUUUGUUUUAUACUGAAGAAUUGUUUGGGUUUGUAUUUAAGUCUCUGUUUCUGUCUAAAUAGAGUUUUCUAUUUCCAUGUACCAAAAAAGAUUGUAUAUAAAAUGUCUCAGUGGAACAGUG